UUGAAGAUGUACUUUUUUUUUAGACAUAAUACUAUUAAACACCAGAUAGACUACAGUAUAGGGUAGACCUAACAUUUACAUACAUUGGGAAACCAGAACAUUUAUUUGACUCACUUUAUUGCGACAUUUGCUUUAUUGUAGUCUGGGACCCAACCUACAAUAUCUCCAACAUAUGCCUGUAAUUUAUUUAUUUAUUUAUAAGAUAUUAUUUAUUUUUGAGAGAGACAGAGGGAGCACAAGCAGAGGCAGAGGGAGAGGGAGAAGCAGAAUCAUUCAGCUGGGCGCGUGACCUGAGGCUCGAUUCCAGGACCUGGAGAUCAUGACCCGGGCCAAAGGAAGAUGCUUAACCAUUGUAGCCACCCAGGUCCCCCUGUACCUUUAUUUUAAGAGCAACUUUAUUAGGUAUAUCAUUUCCAUAUCAUAAAACUCAGCUAUCGAAAGGUCAGACAGUUCGGUGGUACCCAUCAUGACAGCCAACUUUAAAAUCUUCCAUUAUCUUCAUGAUCUCCAAAGAAGCCUCAUACUCUUGAGCUGUUUCCUUUAUUCCCAUUCUCCCCCCAACACACACCUUCCCCUUAGUCCUAAACAACUGCUCAGCUGCUUUCUGUCUUUAUAGAUUUACCUGUUCUGGACGUUCCUAUGAAGGGAGUCAUAUAAAAUGUGUUCUUUUAUCAUUGACUUCUUUAACUUAGUAUAAUGUUUUCAAGGUUGAUCUUGGGGCAUAUAUCAAUACUUAAUUCCUUUUUGUGACCAAGUAAAAUCCAUUGCAUGGAUAUACUACAAUUGUUUAUCCAUUUAUCAGUUGGUGGACUUUUUUGGGGGGGGGUUAUUUCCACCUUUUGGCUAUUGUGGAUAAUGUUGUUAUGAACGUUUGUUACCAGAGUUCCUGGGUGGCUCAGUCCAUUAAGCAUUUGCCGUCACUCAGGUCAUGAUGUUAGUUAGGGUCCUGGGAUCGAGCCCCACCUGGUCUCCCUGUUUGGCAGGGAGUCUGCUUCUCCCUCUCCCUCUGCCCGACCCCCUCUGACAUGCUUGCAUUUGAUACAGUCACAUUUGCCUAUUAUUCCUUUUGUUGCUUACCUUAUGUUUGGUGUCAUAUCCAAGAAAUUUUUGCCAAAUCUGAUGUCAUGGAGUUUUUUCCUUAUGUUUUCUUCUGUGAGUUUUAUAGGUUCGUAUGUUACAUUUAGGCUUUUAAUCUAAUAUAAGUCCUUUCUUAAAGUGUUCUUUAUAUCAUUGAGAAGGAAGUAAGAAGUGUUUUCUUCAGUAUGACUGUGUCAGGACCAGCCUUCUUCCUUCCUCCCUUCCUUCCUUCCAGAUUUUAAGUAAUCCCUACUCCCAGAGUGGGGCGCAAACCCACAACCCCGAGAUCAAGAUCUCAUGCUUCACCAGGCGAGCCACCCAGCAGGAAGAAGAUGAGCCUUAAGUCUGAACGCCGAGGGAUUCAUGUGGAUCAGUCCGAGCUCCUGUGCAAGAAAGGAUGUGGUUACUAUGGCAACCCUGCUUGGCAGGGUUUCUGCUCCAAGUGCUGGAGGGAAGAGUACCACAAAGCAAGGCAGAAGCAGAUUCAGGAGGACUGGGAACUGGCAGAGCGACUCCAGCGGGAGGAGGAAGAGGCCUUUGCCAGCAGCCAGAGCAGCCAGGGGGCCCAGUCCCUCACAUUUUCCAAGUUUGAAGAAAAGAAAACCAAUGAGAAGACCCGCAAAGUGACCACAGUAAAGAAAUUCUUCAGUGCUUCAUCCAGGGUUGGAUCAAAAAAGGCAGAAAUUCAGGAAGCAAAAGCUCCCAGUCCUUCCAUAAACCGGCAAACCAGCAUUGAGACGGAUAGAGUGUCUAAAGAGUUCAUCGAAUUUCUGAAGACCUUCCACAAGACAGGCCAAGAAAUCUAUAAGCAGACCAAGAUGUUUUUGGAGACAAUGCAUUACAAAAGGGAUCUAAGCAUUGAGGAACAGUCAGAGUGUACUCAAGAUUUUUACCAAAAUGUGGCUGAAAGAAUGCAGACUCGUGGAAAAGUGCCUCCCGAAAGAGUUGAGAAGAUAAUGGAUCAGAUCGAAAAGUACAUCAUGACUCGUCUCUAUAAGUACGUGUUCUGUCCAGAGACCACCGACGACGAGAAGAAGGAUCUCGCUAUUCAGAAGAGGAUCAGAGCCCUGCACUGGGUCACACCUCAGAUGCUUUGUGUCCCUGUUAAUGAAGAAAUUUCAGAAGUGUCUGAUAUGGUGGUGAAAGCAAUCACAGAUAUCAUCGAGAUGGACUCGCAGCGGGUGCCGCGGGACAAGCUGGCCUGCAUCACCCGCUGCAGCAAGCACAUCUUCAACGCCAUCAAGAUCACCAGGAAUGAGCCGGCCUCGGCCGACGACUUCCUACCGACCCUCAUCUACAUCGUCUUGAAGGGCAACCCUCCGCGCCUCCAGUCCAACAUCCAGUACAUCACCCGCUUCUGCAACCCCAGCCGGCUGAUGACCGGCGAGGACGGCUACUACUUCACCAACCUGUGCUGUGCUGUGGCUUUCAUCGAGAAGCUGGAUGCUCAGUCUUUGAAUUUAAGUCAGGAAGAUUUUGAUCGAUACAUGUCUGGCCAGACUUCUCCCCGGAAGCAGGAAUCUGAGAACUGGUCUCCUGACGCUUGCCUGGGGGUCAAGCAAAUGUACAAGAACUUGGAUCUUCUGUCUCAGUUGAAUGAACGGCAAGAAAGGAUCAUGAGUGAAGCCAGGAAACUGGAGAAAGAUCUCAUACAGUGGACAGAUGGGGUCGCUAAAGAGGUUCAGGACAUUGUGGAGAAAUAUCCCCUUGAAAUCAAGCCCCCGAAUCAGCCUUUAGCAGCUAUUGACUCUGAAAAUGUUGAAAAUGAUAAACUUCCUCCGCCGCUGCAACCUCAGGUGUAUGCAGGAUGACGGGAGCGCACGCGGGUGGUAUUUAUUUGAGCCUAACUUGUAGCGAGUCCUUCCUGCAGCGUGGUUGGGAUCUAGACAGUAACUUAAUCGCUUCGUGUCAGCAUUUUUAAAGGUACAGUUUGUGGGGAUUGUUUUCUUUGUUUUGUUUGUUUUUCCUGGCAGGGGAAGCUUAGUAAAUAAUAAAAUACUAUUUAUUUGAGUUAUGGAAAUAGAUUCAUUUAAGGUUUACGUGCAAGUUUUAUCUAAAUCUCUUUUUUCUCCAUGAUUUUCCCAAGUGCUUCCUCUGUGGCAUUCACUGUGGUUUGGAUUUGGGUAAAUAAUUGCCUUUAAAGGGUAAAACAAAUGAAUGCUACAAAAUGUAUGUUGAAGGGAAUUCAAUGGUACCACUCUUCUACAGUUUGAAAUAUUUUAUAAUUGUAAAGAUAGAAGAUAUAUUGAUAAGUAAAUAUGUAAAAUUGUAAAUAUGUAAAAACAAAAAAAAGGAAUGGUGUCUGCUGUGCAUGGCAUUUCAUGUGUUAAUUUGUUUAGUUCAAAAUGAAGUAUAUUGACUGUUCACCUUUAACUCUGUUCUGUUUGGUGUGCCCACCUCAGUGAGUCCAGAAGUGCUUAGACAGACUCCCUUGAAGCCUCGGCUCCAUCUUCAGCAGUACGUCAGCCCCGACCUGGCCUCCGUACAGUCAGAGACUGUGAUGCCAUUGAGGUUCAGAGUAAUUUUUAGGUCCCAUGAAGUUGCUGUUCAGGGUCAUUUGAAGAGUUUGAAUUGUGCUUCUUGCAUCUUUUUCUUCUACUCAUUCAGGAAAUAUUUAUCGAGUUCUUUUGAAGGAGCUGGUCCUGGGUCUGGACCGGACGACAGGAGUGAACAGGACUGCACUGCGGAGAGCGGUGGGGAAUCCCUCCGAGCUGACGUGCACAGCUGCCUUUCUGCCUCCGUAGCAGCGUUUGACUUGGUGGACAACCUGGACACACGUCCUGUAAACCUCUUCCAGGGUUUUUCCACCUCAGUACUACUGACAUCUGGGGCCGGAGGAUCUUUUGUUCUGGGCGCUUCCCUGUGCAUUGUAGGGUGUUUAGCAAUAUUCCUGGCUUCUGACCCACUAGACACAGGUGGCACCCCCCACAGUUGUGCAAAAUCAUCUCCAGACAUUGCCACGUUUCCAGGUUGGAGUGGGGUGGCAAAAUCGCCCCCAGUUAGGAACAACUCAUCUGUUCCAUACGUGAGGAAGUUCUCCUGCUGGUGGUUAAUACAAUGUAACCAAAGAAUAUUGCAUUAAAUGCACAGAACAGUUAACUGAUAGUCAUGGAGGUUCUUCAGCCACUGGCACUGUGGAACCUUUUCUAACCCUAACAGUUCCCUUCAUCACCUAAGUAUGCCAUGUGUGGUCCUCCCCCGAGUCCGUGAUUUCUACAGAUGACCAGUGGACCUGUGCAACUGUGCAUCCUGCCCAGGGCCCCAUUCUGAAACGAGGUCACAUCACAAGCAGUUAAGGUUUCUUUGCUUUCCCAGUAUCUUCCUGGUAGUGUACCACAGAUCUGUAGUGCAAUAAUUUUGGAAUAAAACUAGGGUAAAUAUACAACUUUUUAUCCUUUCCUUAAAUUUACACAUAAGGUCCAUCGGGUCGACACACCUGUUGUCGUAUCGCACUGAAGACGUGAACAGUGACCUGAGUCACCUGUCACCGCGCUCACGGGAAGUGCGGCGAGUCACUGCAAUGGGCCAGUGAGGAUCUGCACUUAGAAACCCGGGCCCCACUGACCUCCGUAGAAGGCGCUGCCCUUUCCCGUUGUUCUUUUCUAUGUACUUUCUAGGUGCUAAUCCAGGUAUACACACUCUUAACUCUCCUGGGAAUACAGUACCCUCUGUUUGUUAAAUAAAAUGUGCAUAUCGGCCUCCCACAAAA